AUGAACAAAUCUCUACUAUCUAUUCUGUCUCAUGUCGUUCAUGGAUAUGUAGGAAACCGAGCCAUGGUAUUUCCACUACAAUAUACAGGAUGGGAUGUUGAUGCAUUGAAUACAACCAAUUAUUCGAAUCAUCCAGGAUAUGGAUCAUUCAGUGGUACAGCAUCACUGGCAGAAUUGGUUAGUGAUAUCUUAGCGGGAUUAUCCAAGAUUCUUAAAUUCAAUCAUUAUGAUAUUAUUUUAACAGGUUAUACUCCCAAUGCAGAUGUUUUGGAAGUUGUUAAGAAUGAGAUCUUAAAUAUUAUGCAUGGUCCCGAAAAACCGAAAUGGAUAGUGGAUCCAGUACUUGGUGACAAUGGACGUUUAUAUGUUUCUGAGAAAGUCAUACCUGUAUACAAAGACAUAUUUGCAAGUGGACAUGUUUCAUUGACUACUCCAAAUCAAUUUGAAUUUGAAACGUUAAGUGGGGUUAAGGUUACUAGCUGGGAUAGUAUAAAAGAGGCAGUUAAUAGAUUUAAUGAAUUAUAUAAGGUUGAUAACCUUGUGAUAUCAUCAAUACAUAUCGACGAAGAAUUGUAUUGUGUAUCAUAUUCAAAAGAGUCAGGAAAGACGUUCUAUAUACCCAUACGACAAAUCCCGUGUAAUUUCAAUGGAUCUGGGGAUUUAUUCACUGCUAUAUUGGCCAAUUCGUAUUAUGAUAAUGAAUAUAGAAUUACUCCUGAAGUAAUUUCAGAUACUGUUACCAAGUUACAUAAAAUACUUGAUUUCAGUUAUCAAGAUGAAUUAAAUCAGACAAAUAAUCAAGAUAAAGAAGUGACAUUAGUUAAAGAUAUUCGAGUAAUUGCAGCAAAGGAUGUCUUACUUGAAAACCAUACUUUGGAAUUAAUAGAAGAAGUAGUUUAUUUAUAA